UGAUGACUUAUUGACAUUGACGAUUUUGCUAUACUAUAAUAUAUGUAUUCAUUUUCAUUCUAGCAUUUUGUUGAAAAUUUUAAUUAAAUAUAAAACAAAUAAUGGCCACCCCAGUGAAGAAACCAGACUCUCAAGCAAAAAUGUUUAACGAAAGAAUUGUCAGUACUCGUUCGGAUCGAGUGAUAAAAAAGAAGUUGAUAAAACUCGGGGACUACACCUUAGUUCCUUACGAGGACUCGCGCUGCAAAAUUACUUUAAGUGAUGUUCAGUGUUCUAACGCCGCAGGACCUUGUGAGAUCGACCCGGUCAGUCGUGUAUUUAGUCAAUCAUUUGAUGGAAAUGUGUUGAUUGGCGACUCUGAUUCCUACAUAGACAAAGAUUUCGAGUUGAUACUGCAGCAGAUGUGCUGCGGAGAGGUGUGCGAGGCCAGUAUAGCUUACAAGAACGCGGAUGGCACGGUGAUGAAGGAGAUUAGAUGCAAGAUUGAGCUGAGGGAGGUUACUGAGGAGCAGCUCAUCAGUGACUGGAGCUGGGAGAGACUGUAUGAAGCCGCUGUCCAUCACAAGGAGCGGGGAGUAGAUCUAAUAAAGCAAGGUCGAACCGCUGACGCUUUCCGAAGAUUCAACAAGGCCCUUAAGAUGCUGAUCGCUAUCGAACCCGUGGACCCCAAGGUCGUCAGCGAGCAGGUUGUUAAAGAUAUGAUAGAACUGAAGGUAAAAUUGUACAACAACCUGGCGCACUGCCAGCUUCAGUAUGACGAGUACGAAGCUGCCAUAGUACUGUGUGAGAAGGCCCUCAAGUUCGACCCGGUCAAUGUGAAGGCACUGUACAGGAAGUGCACAGCUCACUCCGGCCUCCACAUGUACGAGGAAGCCUGGAAGGACAUACAAGAAGCCCUACGGAUAGAACCCAAUGACAAAGCCGCCCAGCUAAAGGCAAACUCCUUAAUACCCAAGAUUGAGAAGAUAAAUAAAGAUUACUCAACAGUUAUCAAGAAGAUGUUCAGUUAAACGGUUAAAUAGCUGUUGUUACUUGUUGUUAGUGGUCAUUGUGUGAGUGCGGAGGUGGAGGACAUCUUGAGGACCAGACCACGUCCGGUGGCCUGUUGUUGUAGGAGCUCAUAGCUCCACUCUACGUGCGGUUGUUAUACAGACGUUAGUACAUCGACGAACUCCAAUCUGUCUAAUUUUUCAUAGAUUUUCGAUUUUAUGUUAAAGGAAAUUAUAGUUUUUGGAGAACAUUAAAAAAUAAUGUUCUCAGUAUAGAUAAUCAUGCCUGGCGAACUACAACUGUUCAACGGUUGUCCGUUGUACGCCCCAAUAUCUAAAGAUACGUUCUUUUUCAUAUGUAUGUAUGCGCGUAGCGUAUGCUGUUAAAAUUCGAUGUGCUUGCGCGAUGUGUUUUCUUUGGCAGUGUAGCAGUUACUAUGUCCUAAUGAAUGUCUCAAAGAAAAAUGACAGAUUGGAAUAAGUUCUGCUGGCGUCUGUAAGUCUCUCAUGAUGCUUCUUUUGUUUUUCACCAGCUUUCUGACACCUCUAGCUGUUGUUUAACUGGAUUACCUAGUCAUGCCGCUAAUGAACCAUUUAUUUAAUUAGGCUCUCAAAUCCUGCACUAAUAUUUUCAAUUCUUUCAAAAAAUAUAGUGUUCUAAGGGUAACCUCUACUGAAGAGCGUCACUGGGGAGGAGAAAAAAAGACAACUAGCUCAAAUUGUUAGUAAUUACAAAUGCCUAGGAGAAAGGGAGGGAAGAUCUUAACAAACCAUUUCUAGCAAGAGAGUCAUAUCAAAUUUUGAUAGUGAGAUUAUUGAAUUCGGACCAGAUUAAUACACUUGGGGCAAAAUACACACCAGACUACAUCAGCUCUAGUUCACACGUUUGUGGAGGUAGUGUCGAAUUAAACAGCGCAGCCAAUCUGGACCUCGUCUUACUUUUGUACUCAAUUAUUCCCAGACAGAGCUUAGUUUCGAAGUGAGGGCCCAUUUUAUGCGAGCAAUAGGGAUGUUCCUAACUGGUCAAAUGCAAUAUUAUUUUUGAAUCUCACUCUCAAUUGUGACGUCAUAACGUUUUUAUGUCAAUUAGCUUAUACUUUUUUUCAAAUUUUUGUAUAUUGUUAAGUGGGCACAAAUGAUUUUUGACAGAGGAAUCAUCCCAAUUGCUAUCCUUGCUUGUUAAUUCGGCACUACGUGGAGUUUAACAUGAAGCCGACUACUGGCUGCUAGCUACUAGUGUAUUUGACGUGAACGGUGGAACAGGGAAGUUAGGUAAGUGUUUGUAGCACAAAUAAUAAAACUAUCGAUGUAUAUAGUGAGUCGGAAGGUUUUGUACGGCGACUGUGGCGACGCGUGGCCAAAUGUAAUGACUCUGAAUUUGUUUGACAUAAGUAUUGCUGUCUUAAGUCUUUUAAAGAGUAUAAAGAGUUUAAAUGCUUAAUAAAACCGUCGCGUCUCUUUGAGUACAUAUUUUUAAAUAAUAAAUUUAAUCUUAUAAUUUUUUAUCAAAUACUACAUAUUCCUCGAUCGAGUAAAGUUCUAAGUUAUGUUCGAUCCUUGGGUCCACUAUGUUAACUAUUAGGUCGAUUAAUGUUGUAGUUUCUGAGUGAUAAGCUUGCCUCCUAAUCAUAACUACCUGGUAACAAUAACUAGCGAAUUUGUAUGAGCAGCUAAAAAAACCUCUAAGUAUCUAUGAAUAAAGGACAGCAAUACUCAAGUGUUAAACAAAAUCAGAGUCAUAAUCUUAGAAUAGUUGUACUAGACUAAUAUUUCCUAUGUCUUGGCCUUCUAGGGACCGUUCCUGCAUCCUUCUAGCAAGUUCCAGACAAGAUGCAUUUAUAUUCUUCUGUGAUUCUCUUACGUGUCUAUUUUUGAGAUAAUCAACUUUAAUUGUAAGACCUCAAAAUCUAUAUGUAAUUAUGUACUUAAAUGUCUGUUGUAAAUAGAACAGUGAAAUAUAUUCUGUAUAUGUAGCAAUA